AUGGACCAGAUUAUAAAACGAUUACGGCAACUAAAAAGAAGCAAUGAAUCCUGCCAGAGUGGAAGGAAAGCUCACGACCCUUGUGGGGCUGGACCCCUUCAAUGUGGCAAUAAACCUCACGGCUGUGGCAAUUUAUUAAAAAAACAAAAACGGAGACAGUCGCUGAGCAGGGCUCACUCUGGCGGCGCCACGGCUUUCAUCGCCAAGUCCUUCUACGACCUCAGUGCCAUCGGCCUGGAUGGGGAGAAGGAGGAUUUCAACACGUUCCAAGGCCGGGCGGUACCGAUCGAGAACGUGGCUUCGCUCGGAGGCACGACCACCCGGGACUUCACGCAGCUCAAUGAGCUGCUCUGCCGCUUCCCCGGGCGCCUGGUGGUCCUCGGCUUCCCUGGCAACCAAUUUGGACAUCAGGAGAACUGUCAGAAUGAGGAGAUCCUGAAUAGUCUCAAGUAUGCCCGCCCGGGGGUCAGGUACCAGCCCAUCUUCACCCUUCUCCAGAAGUGUGAUGUGAAGGGGCAGAACAAGCACCCCGUCUUCGCCUCCCUGAAGGACAAGCUCCCCUACCCCCAGGACGACCCGCAGCCCCUCAUGACCGACCCCAAGUUCAUCCUCUGGAGUCCGGUGCACCGCUCGGAUGUGGCCCGGAAUUCGAGAAGUUCCUCGUCGGGCGGAGGGGGAGCCCUUCCUGCGCUAGAGCCGCACCUUCCCCACCAUCACCUUCCAGCCUGCUAUCAAGCGCCUCCUCAAAGCUGCCACACAGACCAGGCUGCUCUGCGCCCGGGUCUGCCCUGCCUGGUCCUGAGCGCCCUGCGGAGGGCUCAGCGGGCCCUCCGGAGACACCGCGGGCGCUAA